UGUUGAACCAGGAAAUCGGCCCAUCUUGCUCUUAGUCUCCACGCCAUCGUCCAUUUGCCUUUUGACGCCUUCGCCAUUUGAGCUCCGGGGGAAGGUCCGAGAAGGGGAUCGCUGCAAUAGCUUUCGAACAAUCCUCGAUCCUCCGCCAAUCGAGAAGAUAGCGAGCGAAGAUGCUGCCCACAGCCUCCAAAGGACGCUCCUCGUCCUCUUCGUCUCGAGCUAAUCCCAUGUUACUUCAGUAUCUCCGCCGAAUCGUCAAGUGGCAACAAAUGGAUAUUGAAUAUACUUUCUGGCAAAUGCUUCACCUGUGCACCUCACCAAAAGUUGUUUAUCAGCACACUAAAUAUCACAAACAAACCAAGAAUCAAUGGGCACGUGACGACCCUGCUUUUGUUGUGAUCUGCAGCCUUCUUUUGGCCGUUGCAACUCUAGCAUAUUGUGCAGCGUAUGAUCACAGUGCCGCACAUGCACUUUUUGUUGUAUUCUCAGUAUUGGUUUUCCACUUUUUGGUGACUGGAGUAGUACUGGCAACUUUUUGUUGGUUCUUGACUAAUUCUUAUCUUCGAGAAGAGGCUCCUAACAGUUAUGUAGUUGAGCAGCGUGUUGAAUGGCUGUAUGCGUUUGAUGUGCACUGCAACUCCUUCUUCCCUAUGUUUGUUUUGCUUUAUGUGAUCCAUUAUUUUCUGUCUCCUCUAUUGGUGGCUCAUGGAUUCAUUCCUGCAUUGCUGUCAAAUUUGCUGUUCAUGGUGGGCGCUUCAUACUAUCACUAUCUCAAUUUCUUAGGUUAUGACGUUCUACCCUUUUUGGAGAGGACUACUUUUUUUCUGUACCCGAUUGGCAUCGUCAUCAUCCUUUCUCCUAUUUUGAUUUUGGGUGGCUUCAAUCCUUCUAAAUAUUUCAUGAACGUGUUCUUCAGUCGACAAAUGUGAUCAGUCCAGCUAACACUUUUGAUCUGUCAUCUUUGAGGUUUUACAGCAUUCGGAAGACUGCAUCAACUUGAGAAGGCUAUAAUGUUUGAUUGUUUGUCUUGUAUGGUAGGGAUGGAAUGGCCAAUAAGGCCUUCUUCUAGGUCUUCUACCACUGCCCGUGGAAGAUGAAUUGUUUGUAGUAAAGUCAGGAUAGGAAGUGCAAUUUUUUAAUAGUUUAUAGGGAAUAUUUGUUCAAAUGAAACUACUUGAUGUAAAAAAGAAUUCUGAUCUUCUCCAUAUCAUUGUGGCAUCGUUCUCCCAAAAAUGAAUUUUUGUUUUAAAUCGUAA